AUGUCCACAUACCUUCCUUCCUCCAAAGAGGAAACAAAAUUCAUUCCAAGAAACUUAUCUUGGAAACUACGGUUCAAAAAAACUUGGAACUUAUAUCAUAAAUUUUUACCAAUAUUAUAUUUAUCAUGUUUAUUAUUUGGUGGGUUUGUCUACAUCUCCAAAAAAACAAAUGGAAUACAUUCAAAUGAUCUUUCUAUAGAUAACUUCCAAUUUGAUGAUACUUAUCAAUCAAAUAAUGAUCAAUUAGAUUUAGAUCAACAAGCUUUAACCAACUUGAAAAAACCAACAAUUUUUGAAGAAUUCCCUUAUGAAUCAAAAGAUUUAACAAUGUUACCAAUUGCUCCAUAUGAACAUUUACAAGAUAAAUUAGAUUUUAGAUCAACAAUGACUUUUUAUUUAGAAGUUAUUAAAAAUUAUGUUGCUAAAUCAACUUCUGGUUCAAAUUCUCAACCUCCUCCUACAUUUAGUUUUAAUUGGAAAGAUUUUGUUGAUUUAAAUAUUUUAAAACCUUUAUUACAAGAAAAACCAAAUUGUUUCCGUAUUGGUGCUUUGGGUGCAACUUCAAGAAUUCCAUGGGAAAAUUGUCUUGAUGAACCAAGAAAUUUAGGUUUUGUUUUCAUAAAUCCUUCAUUAUAUCCUGAAAGUGAAUUUAGAUUAUCAAUUAGAGGAAAAUCUUAUCUUUAUACUGCAGCUCCAUUACCAAAUAAAUUAAUUUUCCUUGCUGGUGAAUUAGCUUUUGUUACAAGAGUUAACAAAAGAGCAAGUUUAGAUGAAGGUACAAUGAUUGAUGAAUAUUUACAAAGAAAAUUAAAAGAAAAUCCUGGGUCCACUCAAGAGAAAAUUAUAAGAACUCCAAUAAAUCCAAGUGAUGAAAUUGAUGGUAUCUCUCAAGCUUUAAAACGUGAUUUAAUAAAUUUUAAUGUUGAGAAAUCCCUUCAUGUUAAUGUUGAUGACAAUUCAUUCUCAUUACCAACAACCAAAGAAAAUAAAGAAAAAUCCAUGUUAGCAAAUGCUGCAAGACAUAAUGAUGAUCGUCAUUUUAGAAAUGUCUUGAUAAAAUCAAAAGAUGGUCAAUGGGAAUCUGAAGAACAAUAUGAUUGGAGAUUUUUCAAUAAAAAAUUAAAUAAUUUAAACAAGAAAAAAUCUUUACAUAGUAUUGUGGAAAAUUAUUUACAAUUUUGUACAAAUUUAGGUAUAACAACUUGGUUAUCUGAAGAAUCUUUAACUUCAUGGAAUUAUAAUGGUUUAAUUGGUCCAUGGGAAGAUACUAUUAGAUUUGAAUUACCUGCAUCUGAUGUAUCAAGAAUUGCCAACUCAUUUAAUUAUUCAUUAAUAAUUUCUGAUCCAAAAAAUGGUACUGGAAAUUAUUUAAUUGAUAUUUCCCCUUGGUUCUUGGAAAGAGCAAGAUAUAAUGAUGGUGGUGCUGCACCAGACCCAGCAGAUGGUAGAAUUAUUGAUACACAUACAGGUGUGUAUAUUGAAUUAAUUGGUGUUAUAAAUGCACCAAGAAUCCCAAAAGAUUUUGCUGCCCAACAUAAAAGUGAAAAAGUUUCUGAAUAUGUUGUUACUGGUAGAGGUAAUUUUUGGCAUUUACCUUCAUUAUUACCAUUAAAUAAAACUCUUUACGAGGGAAAAAUUGCAAAUGUCCCCAAGACAAUACCUGAACAAUAUCUUGAACCACCAAUUGAAUAUCAUUAUAAAGAUCAUUUAAGAUUAUUUGUUGAUUCUAAAAAAUGUACUUAUGUCCCUGAAGAGGAAAAAAAUAAAUUUGAUCAAACUUAUAUUGGUUGUUGUCAUGAUGAUUUAAUUUGGAAAGAUUAUAAUUCAACAAAAUUUGCAACUCAAAAAUUUUUACAAAUUAAAGGUCAACCAAUUAAUGUUUUAGAUGAAACUGAUAUUAAUUUCUAA